AUGCCUGAAUACAAGGGAGUCUGCCACUGCGGCGCCACCGAAUGGACCGUCGAGAUCCCCGAAGAGAAGCACAUCCUCUGCCACUGCGGCGCCUGCAAGUUGAUGGGCGGCGGCGAGUUCACCCUGAACCAGAUCAUCCCAAAGUCCAACUUCCACCUGACCAAGGGGGAUCUGAAGGUCUACUCCUACAAGGGCGAUUCUGGCAAUUCUGUUGAUUGUUUCAUGUGCCCUAAAUGCGCGUCCUCGCCGUAUCACCACCAGCAUGUCAUGGGUGAGAACACAAUCGUCAUCCGAACGGGCCUGCUGAAGGGAUCCGACAAAUGGGGCAAGCCCGCCGCCGAGAUCUACGACAAGGACCGCGCCUCGUGGCUCCCUCAGACCGGCGAGGCCAGCUUCCCCGAGGUGCCUCCUUCGUAG